GAUCGACCCAACAAUGCGGAGUGGUAUAUGGUCCAAUGCGGAGGAUGCAAGCGUUGGUACCACUUCUCCUGCGCCAGGGUGGAUACGAAGACGGUUCAUUCAAAAGAGUUCGUCUGUGUGGAGUGUUCGCGAAAGCAGAUUUCCCAGCGGUCAGUCCAAUCAGUGUCUGGCCGAUCUAGUGCUGCAAGUAGUCGACGGUCGCAGUAUGAACGUGAACUCCAACGUCUGGAAGACGAGCGACGCGCCGAAGAACAGGUCGAAGAAGAGCGUAGACGGCAGGAAAAGCUGCUAAUGGAGAAAGCCGCCAAGGAGAAGCUGGAGCGGGAAAAACAGUUCAUCGCCAAAAAACACGAACUGCUUCGCCUUCAAGACGACGAGAUUGUGAGUACUUCAAGCCGUCGUAGUAAGAGAAGCAGUAUUCAGCGAGUGGAGGACUGGGUAGAUAAGCUCGUUGACCCCGCCGCUGCGCCCGGCGACCAAGAACAAGUUCCGGGACCGGUUGACCAACACUCUAUGCCAGUUGGUGCAUCUACUCCAUUGGGCCGAAGCGUCGAAGAGCUUCAAAGGGAUUUGGCUGGCGACGAUAAUGUCGAACAAGGUUUAGCAUGUGUUGUCAAGCAGCGAACUUCCGUACCUCGGACGAUCGGAAGCAUCACGAUUGGGGAUAGCCCAGAGGUGGAACUUCCGAAGCUGGCAUUGGUGGAUAUUCAACCGUAUGUGCGGCUUUUGGACGAAUCCGUGCCGACCUCAUCGAACAUCGGACCACCGCAGUCGAAAACAGGAACAAAUCCUAAAAUAAUCGCGAAAGUGACCAAUCCCUCUCCAUUUGAGCUGUGGCAUCGUGAGACGUGUAACCGCCGACAGCAGCGCGAAGACGACGUCAUCAAAGAAAAUGAGAACCGUUUGCACGAAAUCGAGGCUGCCUUGCAACGGCAACGUGAUCUGGAACUGAAGUAUCAGCAGGAAACGGAACUGCGGCGUAGGCGAGAGGUAGACCUUGUGAACCGUUUGAAUCGUCUGGAAGACCAACGUGCAGAGGAGCGGCAACAGCUGAAGGAAGUAGAAAGUGCGUUGAAGAGGCAACUGGAGGAGAGCCUACUACGGUACCAAGUCCUGGAGAUGAAACGUAGGCAGGAGCAAUCUGCACGGGAGGAUCAGCUACGUCAAUAUCAAGAGCGAGAGCGUCUACUAACCGAACAGCUGAAGUCGGUUCAAGUAGGUGAAGCACGACGUGAAGAAGCAUUCCAAAACCCGGAGGGCGCAGAUGGUCAGUCUCGGGGCAUUGCGGCGUUUCAACUACAACAGGCUGCAGUGGAUCAGUGGCAAAGUGCAUCACCGUUUCAACUGCACCAACCGACACCGUUUCUACCGCACGGAGCUGCAGCAUGUCCACAACAAGAUGCACCAGUGAGUCAACUACAACAAGGUGUCCCGGAUGUUCCGGUACCUAUGAGACCCGUGAGUAAUCCACUGGCGGCGAUGGUAAGUGAUCCAGUAUGCAAUCUGCGCGAAACCGAUACAAGGCAGGUAGCUAGGUCAGUUAGUGGAACACUUUGUGUAGAUGCGCCAGGUAGAAUAGGAACGCCUCAUACUUUCACGAUAGACCAAGAGCUAGGACAGUCAAAUGUAGGGCAACAGGGCCAGUCACAGUUCCAUCCCUUUAAUCCACCAGAAAUAAACAUGUUGGGGGGGAAUCAUUUUCCACAAGUCCAGUUCGGGCCAACGCGCCAACAGUUAAUGGUCAGACAAGUGAUUCCAAAGGAGCUGCCGGUGUUUUCCGGGGAUCCUACUGAGUGGCCGCUAUUCGUAUCGUAAGUAGCUACCAGUAUUCAACAGAUGCGUGUGGCUACUCAGAUUCCGAGAACCUGCUGCGACUGCAACGAUCACUGAAAGGUAUCGCAAAGGACGCAGUGAGCAGUUUCCUUCUACAUCCGUCAACGGUACCGCAAAUCAUGGCCACUCUACAGACACUAUACGGAAGGCUGGAACAAAUCGUGCAUCACAUGGUGGCGAAGGUUCGCGCAACGCCUGCUCCAAAGGCGGACAGGCUGGAAACGCUAGUCCAACUUGGUCUGGUUGUCCAAAACCUGUGUGGACAUCUAAGGGCAAUCGGGAUGGGGAAUCACCUUUCAAAUCCCAUCCUGCUUCAGGAGCUCGUCGACAAGCUGCCGGCCAAUAUCAAAUUUAGCUGGGCGUUGUAUCAGGAGCAACAACCGGUCGUCAACUUGCGUACGUUUGGCGACUACAUAGGUAGAGUGACGGCUGCUACGAGUAGCGUAACAAACAUCUGUCCGCUCACCAAGCCGCAGAAGGAGGAAAAGCCGAGGACGAAGGAAAAGGCUUUCGUGAACACCCAUGCAACGUACGAGAAGAAGAAGCCAGGAUCGUUUAAGAGCGAACAGUCGUCGAACACAAACUCCAGCGGAAGCAGUGAGAAAAAAUGCUGCCCGAUGUGCAAAUCCCAUGAGCACAUCGCAGAGAAGUGUGUAGAGUUCACGAAGCUUUCGGUAAACGAGAGGUGGAAAUUUGUCAAGGAAAUGAAGCUGUGUCGGAGAUGUCUUGUCGCACACACUCGAUGGCCUUGUGAAGGUGAAGUAUGCGGAGUACAAGGAUGCCAGAAGCGCCACCAUCGGUUACUGCAUUACGUUCCAGAACCGGAGAAACCGUUGGCUACUACGAACGCGACUGUUACUGCUCAUCAACAAUCCGUUUCGUCGACGUUAUUCAAGAUACUACCAGUCACGUUGUACGGAAAGUCAGGCGCCGUCGACACUUAUGCGUUCUUGGAUGAUGGAUCGUCAGCAACCCUUCUGGAGAAAGCGAUAGCCGACGAACUAGGAGUAGACGGCAAAGCACUAUCAUUGUGCAUGCAGUGGACAAGCGGAAUUGACAAGAAAGUUCCUUCAACACAAAUAGCGAAGCUGAGUAUUUCUGAACCUGGGAGCCAAAGGAUGUUCCAGUUGUCGGAAAUAUACACCGUUGAGAACCUGAAGCUCCCGGAGCAGUCGAUCAACCUGGAUAAACUAGCUAAACAGUACAAGCACCUGCAGCGGUUGCCAGUGAAGAGUUUCGAGAGAGCUAACCCUGGAUUGCUGAUUGGACUCAGCAAUAGUCAUCUGCUGACCACCUCUAAAGUGCACGAAGGAAAGGAGCAAGAGCCUAUCGCAGUGAAAACUCGCAUUGGGUGGGUAGUUUGCGGCAGCUUACGUGGAGCGGAGAGUCAAUUGCAACAUCGACAGAUGCACAUUUGUGCAGAAACUAUCGACCUUGAUCUUCACAACUACGUCGAAGAGUUCUUCUCGGUGGAGAGCUUGGGUGUGGCUGUUGCUCCGAAUUUGGAAGGACUAGAGGAUCAACGAGCGCGACGAAUUCUACAGGAAACGACGGUGCAGAAAGCAAAUGGAAGAUUCGAGACGGGUCUGCUGUGGAAACAAUGGGCUUUAAUUCAGCACAUGUCGGACGUAUUUUGGCGGCGAUGAAUCCUCGAGUAUCUACUGGUGAUUUCUCGGCGAAGUAAGUGGUUUCAGGAUGUCGCUCCAGUUAAGGAAGGAAUGUUAGUGUUGAUAGCAGACGAAGGGAAUCGCAACGGAUGGAUACGCGGCCGAGUGAUCCGUACGUACCCAGGCAAGGAUGGAGUUGCGCGAAAAGCAGACGUAGAGACAACAAGCGGAGUACUGAACAGACCUGUCAGCAAACUUGCGGUCCUUGAUGUGAUUCUAAAUAGUGACGCCGAGAAGGUCCUCGGGCGCCACGUGGGGGAGGAUGUUACCGGCAACCCUGCCACUGAAAAGUCUCUCAACUAAUUUGAGUAGUGUGCGUGUGGCUAAUUGAAGUAAUGAGAGAUCUGUCGGUCAAUUGUCAGAUAGCUGUCAAAUAUAGAUUGAAGAUUAAAAGUGCAGAAUCAUCGAGGCGACUUUCAGAAAACCCAUCACUAUCAAAUUAGCUAAAUUAUAGAAGUUAAAAAAGUUAUAUUGUUGAACUAGAACUAUUGCGAGGUAUAAGGAGACUAAAUGUAAGUAAAUUGAAAUGGAAAAUGAACUAGUAUGUUACUAAUGGUAAUAAAUUUACAGCUUUGAGCUUACUUUCGAUCGGGAACAACGACGAGUUUGCUUCGUAAGACCUCCGAAACCGAACGUUCUCAACAAUCCCAGAAUCCAAUGAAACUCAAUUUUCUAGGAGAUGUUGUGUUAUUUAUUCAAUCAUUUGGAAGGGUUUUCCUAUACAUAAAAAACUUCAAAAUAUUACAAAUGUAUUUUCUUAGGAAAUGUAAUGUUUGAUCGCAAUAUGUAUUGAAGUGCACUUUUAAAUAUACAAUUAUUUAUAAUUAUGAAUUUUUCAAAUUUAUAUAUAUGUGUCUUAGAGCCAAUUUCAAACAUGUUCUUUUCUAUUUUUUUCCGAUCAUACUAAAUAUUUUUGGUUCAUCUUCUGAAUUAGAAUACCUGUUUGCCUUUACUUUGUCGCCAGGAAUAGGCAAAAAAACUAUGGAAUUUCUGAGUGCCUGGUAUUGUUUUGGCGUUAUUAUAUAUUUCUUCGAGAUCUUCUGACAUUUUAAUGUACUGUUCAGUGGAUACGUAACAGAAAUUUAAUUUAGUUAUAUUUUAUCUGUUUGUACAACUGCCCAGUUAUAUAACUCUCGUGGAGUUGUUAUGGUAUUUCCAUAAUCUCGAGCAAGGCUUGCUCUCUUUGCCAUUCGCUUGAGAGUGCCACCAAUAGCAUCAUAUGGACCUUUAGCGUGGGACGUUGCAAAAAAAUGCCAUUCUGCUCUUAAUGCAUGCUUUGACUGGAAUCCACAUAGACUAGCAAAGUUCUUCUUAUUUUUGUAUUGUGAUGCUGCCCCAUCAGACAUAAAAUAAAUUUUAGAAAAGUUCGUUAAUUGUUUCAUAAAAUCUAUCAUUUUUGAGAUGAACAACUGGACCGCAACUGUAUCGUGAGCCAUUACUUCCGAUAUGAUAAUGAAGCUAACAUUUACAAGUUUAUUAUCUUUCAUAUAGUAAAUUUCAAAUGGGUGUAUUGUUGCUUGCGAGUUGUUCCAAUGAUAUCCUUGAGCAGCGUUUUGAAUUAUGAAUGAAUAGUUUUCAGAGAAAUCACAAAUCGCAAGAAUUUCAUCAUCCUUUAAUGUAUCUUUUUUAUUUCUGAGAAAUGAUGAUUGUUGUUUAUGAAUAAAGUCGUGUGUUAUAAGUUUGUCAAUUUUAUCAACAAGAUACGGAACAAAUUCAUCAACAGGUUUAAUAAUCGUUUCUAAAUUACAGCGAUCAGUAUUAAACCACUGCUGAAAUAUAAUCUCUUCUUUGUCAUUUGAUUCUAAUAUCAAUGUAAGUUCCUCUUCAAUGUGUUCAUUACAAGCACACUUUUCUCUCUCUCUCUCUCUCUUCUUGGCGUAACGUCCUCAUUAGGACAAAGCCUGCUUCUCAGCUUAGUGUUCUAUGAGCACUUCCACAGUUAUUAACUGAGAGCUUCCUCUGCCAAUGACCAUUUUGCAUGUGUAUAUCGUGUGGCAGGCACGAAGACACUCUAUGCCCAAGGAAGUCAAGGAAAUUUCCUUUACGAAAAGAUCCUGGACCGACCGGGAAUCGAACCCGUCACCCUCAGCAUGGUCAUGCUGAAUACCCGUGCGUUUACCGCCUCGGCUAUAUGGGCCCUAUAAGCACACUUUUCACAAGCACGGAAAAAGCAAUUAUCUGUUCUGGUGGAAAUAUCGCAAAGCAUUUUUUGUAUUAUUUCAUCUUGUGACACAAUUCUUAUACUGUUGAACAUUAAAUUUACAUUUUCAUGAAUAGUACAUAUGCAUACAUUAUGUAUACCAGUAGAAUCAAGUAAAAUACAAUGCUUUGGUCGCAACUGUGUAAAUACUGUGAAACCAAUAUUCACAGUUUUGUACAUACACUCCCGUUCAAAAGUUUGGGGUCACCCCCUCAAAAACAUGUCAUUUUUUUAGGCCCAUAUCUCCGCCAAUUUGCGUCCGAUUUCAAAACUCUAGGUUUCAUUCAAAA